CUUUUGUGCGAGGGUUUUAUUCUCAUUCAUUCUUUCUAACGUUACCCUUCAUUCAUGGACCAGCUAAGCUCUUUUUAACGCAGUCACGCUCUUCAAAGUUAAAACCCGUGUAAACGGGCUAAAUUAUUCAAAGUUUCUUUAAUUUUUAGUCAUAUGUAAAUGAUGAUUUGGGGUUUUCCUUCAACUCGAGUAACACAUUAAGCUUUCGGUACCUGUUUCCUCAGCAGCCCCAUUCAGUACCACACAUUUAAACCUGCGCGUCUCCGCGUCUCUCGACCCGCCUCGCAGAAAAGCGCGAGCCAUUGCGUUGACGUCAGAGCGAUGAUGAUGAUUGGAUUCCGCGCGGCGAGUCUAGUGCGCGUGAAGCGGCUCUUGUGAACCUCAGUAUGUCGAUGCCUUAAUAACAAGUGUUCAAUUUACGCGCCACUUCCAGGAACAAGAGGGAAAAGCAAACCCGUGAGAUGGUACAAUAAAUCAUAAAGUAAUGGAAUUAGCUAAAAUGGGUAUGAUUCACCUCCAAAACCCCGGGCACCCCACAACGCUCCUGCAGAAGGCCAACCAAAUGCGGCUCUCUGGGACAUUGUGUGAUGUGGUCAUCAUGGUCGACAGCCAGGAGUUUCAUGCCCACAGAACCGUGCUUGCAUGUGCAAGUAAAAUGUUUGAGAUUCUGUUCCACCGCAACAGCCAACAUUACACUCUGGACUUCCUCUCACCAAAGACCUUCCAGCAGAUCCUGGAGUACGCUUACACCGCCACGCUCCAAGCCAAGCUGGAGGACUUAGACGACCUGCUAUACGCAGCAGAGAUUCUAGAGAUUGAAUACUUAGAAGAGCAAUGUCUGAAGAUCUUGGAAACCAUCCAGGUGUCCGAAGAAAACGACGCAGACGUGAAUAUGAACGAGAACGGCACUGAUGAUGUCGACGAACGUAGGAUCAAGUACCUUAAAAGUACAUUUAUUUCUAAAAAGCAUUCCGUACCGGAUGGCGGCUAUGGGUCCGCCGCCCGCCAUCGCCUGGCCCUGGUCAGCAUGGUCGACAAGAGAUCUUCAGAAUCCACCCAAAUGGGUGUUCCGGCCAUCAGCCCGACUAAGGAUGCCGUAGAGGGCCUAAUGAACAUCGGCCCAUCCAUGCUUGUCCGAGGCAACAUGCCACAGAGCUUUUCACAUACCCAUGGCAACUCAUCUCCACUGCUAGACAAGAUUAAGACAGAGAUGAUGCAGGUGGAUGAGGAGUUCCAAAAUGAAGGAAGCUUUCCCCGGAACACGGAAGGCGGCGGUGAAUCUAGGCAGCACCGGGACACUCCUGGAACCCCUAGCAGAGGCAGCGUCAUCACCAGCGCCCGUGAGCUCCACUCGGCCGACGGUUCUGCGGAUUCUCAAGUAGACAAUGGCCACGCAGGCCUGGUGAACAUGGCCAGUCUGGCCGAUAGACAUUUCGCAUCGUUUUGCUCGAUACCGUCCAACCAUAAAAACGAAGGCAUGCUGCCCUUGCCCGUGUCCAUGGCCUCGUCGUUGCAUAUGCCGUCCUCCCUGGCCAUGUCGAUGGAUUUCAGUGCGUAUGGGGGGCUCUUCCAUCAGAGUUUGAUUCAGAGGGAGUUCCUGAGCAAGUUUGGGGAUUUUACCGCAAACGUGAAGCACGAAGCCCAGAACCAGAAAGAACGAUGUGAGGUGUGCGAUAUGGAGCUGCCGGAUAAUGAAGCUGCCGAACAACACAGAAAGUUGCACGGUGGGGUCAAGACCUUUGGAUGCGAGUUCUGCGGAAAGCAGUUUCUGGAUAGUUUGCGACUGAGGAUGCAUAUGCUCUCUCAUUCAGCUGGACCAAAAGCACUAGUAUGUGAUCAAUGCGGAGCUCAGUUUUCCAAGGAAGAUGCCCUGGAAGCCCAUCGGCAAACACACACAGGUUCAGAUAUGGCCGUGUUUUGUCUCCUAUGUGGGAAGCGUUUCCAGACCCAGAAGGCUUUGCAGCAGCACAUGGAGAUUCACGCGGGUAUGCGGAGCUACGUCUGCAGCGAGUGUGAUCGUACCUUCCCGAGCCACACGGCGCUCAAGCGCCAUCUCCGCUCACACACCGGUGAUCAUCCGUUCGAGUGCGAGUUUUGCGGAAGCUGUUUCCGUGACGACAGCACGCUGAAGGGUCACAAGCGCAUCCACACCGGAGAGAAGCCUUAUGAAUGUAACGGCUGUGGCAAGAAGUUUAGCCUCAAACACCAGUUGGAGACGCACUACCGUGUCCACACAGGUGAGAAGCCGUUUGAGUGCAAGCUGUGCCACCAGCGCUCGCGGGACUAUUCGGCCAUGAUCAAGCACCUGCGCACCCACAACGGCGCGUCCCCCUACCAGUGCACCAUCUGCCAGGAGUACUGCCCCAGCCUCUCAUCCAUGCAGAAGCACAUGAAAGGUCACAAGCCUGAGGACGUCCCACCUGACUGGAGGAUAGAGAAGACGUACCUGUACCUGUGCUACGUGUGAGACGGGUGGCAUGUUCAGGGACAUUUCACCUGAAGGUUUACUACUGGGCCAGGCCAAAGAGGGGGCGUGGUCAAAGUGAUGAAUGCGUAGUGUGGAUUUUUUCGGAUAUUUUGUUGGUGUUUGCAUUGACAUGCAUUCGUGCACAUAUGUUUUUAGGAUGUAACUGCGUAACUGCACUCACAAACGUUGAUGAGUGGAAAUGUGAUCUGUUGAAUGCCGUGAUGUGAAUUUUCGGAAAGAAUUAGUACGGUCCACUGUUAUGUAUUCUUGUUCCCGUCGAAUCUGUUGGUCUGCAUUCCACCUUGUUGAUAUGAGAAAUUCAUAGUAUUAUUAGACUUGUGUUGUAUUGCCAUUAAGAUUCCCUGCACUUCCGCUCUUUUAACAAAUUUAAUUUUGAAAAGUCAUAUCGAGUCAAAUACGUACAUGGACCAAAGCUUAAUUUGAACACAAAUGUGAUGAAAUAGAAAAAAUUAGCACAUUGGUGGAUGAAAUUAUGGCCUUUUUUUAAAAAAAAAAGCUCUGUUAAAAGUGUAAUGUGGGACUUUUAGGAGGAUCUCUUGACAGAAAUGCAAUAUAAUAUACACAACUAUAUUAUCAGACCUUAUAUGAUGAACAAAGCAGUUUUAUCUCCAUACACCGCGGGUAUCCUUACAUGGAAGUCGGCGUCAUGUUUCUACAGUAGCCCUAAAUGGACAAACUGUUUUAUAAAGCGCGUUACAUUUCUUCGUUAUCUCAAACGAUGACAUGUUUGUCCUGUCGCAGCUACCGUAGCUUCUCAUUGCGUUUCGAAACUGAGGUUGGUUGCAAUUCACAAACUCACCUCUAGAUGCCGCUAAAAACCCACAUUACACCUUUAAAUUUACGUUUCGGCUUUUAAGUCCACGAUUUUGAUGAUUUUUUGUAAUUACAUGCGUCGAAGCGCACAAAGUUGGACCCAUUAGUAAUUUUUCCUAGAGUUGCAUUCGAAUUGUGCUGCCAAGCAACUGUAUUAAUGUUCAGGGACAUUUAUUCAACCUUAAAUAACAACACUGUGCACUUUCACAUUUUCGAAAGCCCUUUUUGUUGUUUUAGGCACCACACGUUGCAUUUAGUGAAUGUAGACAAAGUUUAAGAAGUGACUUGCUUCGAAGUCACUUUCAAACCGUGGAUUUCAUUGAAUUGCAAAAUUUCACAGUUUUAAAAACAGCUAUUGAACUGUUAAUGAAAGAUUAAUUUCUUAUACCCAGAAAUCAAUGUAUGAAUUAAAGGGACACUCCAAUUUUUUUUGAAAAUAUGCUCAUUUUCCAGCUCCCCUAGAGUUAAACACUUGAUUUUUUACCGUUGUGAAAUCCAUUCAGCUGAUCUACGGGUCUGGCGCUAACACUUUUAGCAUAGCUUAGCAUAAUCCAUUGAAUCUGAUUAGACCAUUAGCAUCAUACUCAAAAAUGACCAAAUAGUUCUUAUAUUUUAUUAAUGAUAUUAUGCAGUGCCCGAAAAAAAUUGUCCCCUGCUACUAAAAGUUACAAAAAGGGCUUUUGAAAGGGUUACAAAACUAUUUUGGGGCACUGCGUAAUAUCAACCAUGGUACAGAAGCAAAAUCCUUGAUUAUUACGCCAAAAUGAGAGUAUAGUUCCUAGCCAUAUCAUAUAUUUUCUGUGGGUCUUAGUACACAAUCUUACCGAGCCCCUAAGGUGACACUGGAGUAAAAAAAAUCUAAAGUUUAGUUUCAUGUGCCCACGCGAAACCUUCAUGUGCGUGCGCACGUGAAACUAAACUUUAUUUAAUUUUUUCUCCAUGUCCGUACGAUGUAACUACAGAACAGUCAAGUUUUAAAUAGGAAAAAUAUCGAAACUCUUUGGUCAUUUUUGAGCGCGAUGCUAAUGGUCUAAUCAGAUUCAAUGGAUUAUGCUAAGCUAAGCUAAAAGUGCUAGCGCCAGAAUGGCUGAAUGGAUUCCAAAACGGUAAAAAUUAAAUGUUUAACUCUUGUGGAGCUGGAAAAUUAACCCAUUUUCAAAAAAGUGGAGUGUCCCUUUAAAGUGAGAUUAUUUUUUUAGAUAAGAACUUCAAAUGCAAUAUAUAUGAAGAGCUCAGAUGCAAAACCCUUUAACUCUUUCCCCGCCACUGAUGAGUUAUCUCGUCAAAUAAAAGAAAACGCUUCUUUGCCAAUUACAAGUUUUUACGCCAAUCCAUAUUUCCGCUAUUAUCCACCAGGUGGCGCCCUUACCAAACAUAUAUAACCCGGAAGCAAUCCCUUAGGCCAAACAGUAAAAACUGUGUAUGUUUUGAUCAUCGCCCUGAAUCUGAUCUCUAUCAAAAGUCCUUCACAAAAAUGCAAUUAUUUUUUUCUUUUAAAGAAACCUACCCAUAUUUGAGAGGUGAUAUAAAGAGAAAAAAAUGAAGAUAGGAUGAAACUUUUUGUUUGAAAGCAGAGGAUCUGUUCUUUCAUUUGAUAUAUUUAAGGAAGAACAUUUUCUGGAAGGCAUUAAACUUUUGUGAAAAUCAUAAAAACACUGGCAGGGAAAGAGGUGUCUGACAUGUUUUCUUGUAAAUGAGCAUUUUUAAUCAGACUCUUAAUGGAUUCUGAUAAACAAAGUUGAAUUUCUAAAUGGUGUUUAGCGGCUUUUGCAUCCGAGCUCUUGUGCAGUCUGCUACUACAUUUAGUUAUCCGCUAUUUCCAUUUAUCUUUGCCACCUGUCAUCUCUUUGUGUAAAAGUGUUACUUGAAUUGCCUAAUUUUGGCAUCUCACUCGCUAGGUUUAUUUUUGUACUUUUCCUUGAUUUCCUGCUGAGCUGUGUUUAAGGAUGGGAAUGAUUCCGUACAGCGGAAUGUAAUUCAUCAGUACGGGAUUAUCUAGUGAUAGUAAACUUAUAGUACUAGUCUGAAACUCUUGCACUAGUGCGCACGCCUGCCUCUCAGCCGUUUGUUUCAGGGCUACCUCUACACCGCUCUCAGUUUUGCACUAAAACAAAAGCACAGUUUUGUUUUGCUUGUACCUAUCAUUUUCGUUUCGACCCAUUCGCAGAAAUCUCGGUUUGUUCAUUAUAUGUACACUCCUUACAAAUUCAGCCUAAAUAAUAAAAAAAGAUACAUUCUGGACGUGUUUAGAGUAGUGUUUAGAAAAUGUUUAGUUACUUGAGGGGAUAAACUUGAAACAAUGAUCUUUUUAUGUGAAAUCGUUAAAUCGCAAGAAAUGCAGUACCGAUGUGUGCAGUUACACGGGGAAGGUAAGCUAGAAAGAAAACAAAAAAUAAGUGAUUUUCUGUGAAAAUAAAUCUCUCGGACAAGAGCCAAACGCGGCACUUUGAUAAGGGAAUAUGUUGUAUUUUUGUAUGGGGUAAUGUGUGACCCGUUACGUUGUUUAUUUGAGUGAGCAAAUAUUUUUACAGUAUCUUUUGCAUCGUGUUCGUUCUCGAUUCGAGUGGAAAAUCUUGUGCUUAUGUUGAACAUAUAGAAGUAAUAGAUGUUUGUAAAACAUAUAUUGUAGUCAUUGCUGCUGGGUGUCAGUUUAUAAAUGAUGAUAAUAAUUCCAUAUAUAUUACGAGUGUAUGAGUUCGAGUGUGAUCUAAUGCCAACAGCUGUAUUGACCUGUGACCGUUCAGCAACGUGGAGCACAACAAACUCGUAAAGUAAAGAUGUAUCCGUGUCUGUGUAUUGUGUGCACUACUCACUGUAAGAUUAGAGUCACCUGUAAGAUCUAUGCUGGUUUUCUUGUGCGUGCGUGCAAUGUGAGUCGAUGUGGUCAACUUAUUCAGUGUUAAAUAAAUGCACCUGUCAGCUGCGAAACGAACAGGUGCCCAUGUAAAUUGGUUGCUACAUCUUCUGUAUUCAUAUACACAGGGAACGGUCUUUGUUUUGACAGUUAUAUUUGUGUCUUUAUGCAAAGUCACCUUGAUAUGAACUGAGCUCAUAGGCAAUCGGGGAUGCUUUUACUUAUAAAACAUCAACAGAGUCAUUAUACAAAUGCUGUGUUUAGUUUCACAACCCCUAAUUCAUUUAAAAGGCCGCAGAGAUUUUUUUUUCAGUUGUCAAAAGCAAUAAAUCUAGGUACACACAUGAAAUUUUGGCAUCCCUGCCGCUAUCACUGUGUUAUCGUUUGCUUUCAGACAGGAUGUAGCCAUGUCACUCGGAGCUCUCUUAUUUGUGCCAUUGUUACACAAAUUAACACACGGACUGAGGAUCCACGCGGGACCAAACGGCCAUUUUCGCCCCAUUUGCCUUGUUUUAGUGACAGGAGCAAGCUCUUGGUGUCGAAAUGGUUUUACAUUCGUGUUUUACUUUUUUGUAUUGUCUACCUCAGCACCAGUUCUUUGUGUAACUUUUCAAAGGUGCCCGAUUAUUGUUACUUUGUUUUGUGCAUACGUUUUGUAUUAUAGCUUUGUAGGGGUUUCUUUCUGUUCUUUAUUUCAGCAUAGAGAUGCUGUUUUGAAGCACUGUGUGGUGAUUUUGAUGCUGCAAAUAGAGGUGUAGAUUUCUUUCUCUUCUCUCUGUGGGUUUAGACACAUCUCUGUAUACGUCAGUGUUCUCAAAUAAACUUGCAAAAGAAAUGUAAA